AUGGCACCAAAAUCAUCCACAAAGCCUUCCAAAUCAUCGGAACCAACAAGUAUAAACGAUGAGCAAUUACAAUCAUUUACUCAAGAUAAUUUUGAGAAAGAGCUCAAAGCCUUAGCAUCGAAAGCUCAAGAAGAGACCACAUCCAGAUUUCUCUUAUCUCAACUUUGGGUCUUGGCUCAAUCCGCUACCCUCCUUUCACUCGCCGCCAUAUAUUCAAAUGUCUCUCAACUUACUCUCUCUCCAGUCUAUGGAUCAUAUCCAGCUGGAAUAUGGCAUUCGAAAGGAGUCAUGACGGCUUGCUUCUUAGGCUGGUCGUCAAAUCUAUUCAUUAGGCGCUAUCUUCCAAUUAGGAGACCAGUCCAACUUCUUCCAAUUAUCGCGGCUUACAUUCCAGUGGCCCAAUAUUUACUCUUCAAGUUGAGUGGUUAUAUGGGAGCUAAUCUUGGACCUCCUAUUACGGAAGGACUCACAUUUUUACCUCUGCUCGUCCUUUCCGUCUCGUGUACUGCUACUACACUGGACGAUUUGGAACUCACAUCCGGUCGAUGGCCUUGGAUAUCCGAUGCAGCACCAGGUAUUUUCUCAUAUAUCUUUUUCAAAACCGUGGAAUAUAUAUCCGCAAAUCAAAUCUCUCAAUACAUUGGUCAAUCCAUCAUUUUCACACGUCUUGGAAUGCAAAUUGUACUCCAGGCUUUAUUCUCAGCUUUUGCUCCUUCGAAACUUCUACUUUGGAUACUACCAGCACUAUUCCAUACUGCAUUAUUUAAUGUACAUGUUCCAACGUCAUAUGCGAUAAAUCAACUUAAUAGUACGAUGAAUGCCAAUGGUUGGUCAAUCCUUGAACGAAAAGAAUCUCUGACUGGGUAUGUGUCCGUUAUUGAAAGUUUGACGAUGGGCAAUGGAUUCCGUGCUAUGCGUUGUGAUCAUAGUCUUUUGGGAGGAGAAUGGUUGGUCAAUGGGAAAAAGGCCAAAGGACUUGCUGAGCCUAUUUAUGGAAUCUUUGUGAUGCUAGAGGCAAUACGUUUGAUUGAAGUCGAAAAGCCAAUUAAAGACGAGGAUGCUAGCGCAUUGGUCAUUGGUCUCGGUAUUGGUACCACUCCAGCUGCUCUGAUAUCCCAUGGAAUUCAUACUACCUUGGUGGAGAUUGAUCCCGUUGUGGUUGAUUUCGCUCAAAAAUACUUCUCCCUUCCUGAGCCUCAAGAAACUAUUAUUGAGGACGCCGUAUCUGUAGCAUCAAAUUUUGCAGCUCAAGGAAAGAGGUUCAACUACAUUGUGCACGAUGUAUUUACAGGCGGGGCUGAACCUGUUGAACUAUUCACAUAUGAGUUUUUGAAGGAUCUUCACGAUAUCUUGGAACCGGGUGGUGUUAUCGCCAUUAACUACGCUGGAGACUUCCUUCUUCCCCCAUUCCUAAUCAUUCAUCGUACAAUUCGCUCACUCUUCCCCACCUGUCGUAUUUACCGUGAGGCCGAAGCACCAACAGAUCAACACAUUGCGGAAACGGGACAAGAUUUCACUAACAUGGUGAUCUUUUGCAAGAAGCCUCUUUCCGAAACGCCUCCUUUGGGUCCUGAAACUUCUGCGCCAUCAAUCACAUUCCGUAAACCGGUUGAGAAGGACUUUUUGAGAAGUAAUGCGAGAAGAGCAUUUUUACUACCAAAGUGGGAGAUAGAAGACGAAGAGUUAAAGCUAGGAGAAGAGAAAGGAGAAGAAGCUUUUGCGGGGGUAUUGAUGAGGAACGAGACUGGGAGGUUGCAGGAGUGGCAGGAUAAAAGUGCGAAAGGGCAUUGGGGAGUCAUGAGGGGAGUAUUACCAGGAGGUGUUUGGGUUGAUUGGUAG